AUGGCUCACAGCUUAGCAGCAGAAUGCACUCCGCUCAAAAUCGAAUAUGACUCGUGCUUUAACUCUUGGUUCGAAGGCUACCUCGAGCCCGCCGUCUCAGCGUCCGCCACACCUGACCAGAGAGCCAAAUAUUCGAAACAGAAGGCGGAAGAAUAUGAGAACAAGUGCGGGAAGAUAUGGUCGAGUUAUCGGGAAUGCGUACAGAAAGCCGUAAAAGACAAAGGCCUGAACGACCUUCUAGACGAGGCGCGGAAAGAGAACCCCCUCAAAGAACCGCCGUCCAAUCCGUCUUCGUCGACG